UGAAAGUACCUGAAGCUGGAAAAUUUUCAUUUUUUGAAAAGAUCUUUAGAAACAUCCCAAUUUCUCGCAUAAAUUCGUGUCUCGAGCGAUAUUUGAGUGCAAGACGACAUCAAAAGCGGUUCGUGCACAUUGUUAAAGUAAAAAAAGUGAAUUUUCGGACGAAAUACGGAAAUUAUUGAGGAAAAGUGUUCUUUGGAUUACGUAAAAGCUCGUUGGAAUUGAUCGGAAUCCAGAAAUCUCGGCAAUUUGGUCCCCCAAAGUGAUAAAAUUCAUUCGUAUUUUUGGAUUUGUGACGUCAACCCAGCGCCCGUACACGUAGCUCGCGUACAGACCGUAUAUCGUCGCUUACGAAAUUCAAGGUCUUUGAUGGUGAUGACAACCAAUGGAUAAUCUAAUCGAAUUUCUUUGAAACGACGACGUAAAAGUAGUUUUUUUUUGUGAAAAAUGUCCGUGCAGCAAUAUUGCUUGCGAUGGAACAACCAUCAACCGAACUUUAUUUCGGUUUUUUCGUCACUUUUGCACAGCGAAGCACUCGUUGAUGUCACACUCGCUGCCGAAGGACGGCAAUUGCAGGCACACAAAGUCGUGUUAUCGGCCUGCAGUUCGUACUUCCAAGCACUUUUCACGGCAAAUCCAUGUCAGCAUCCGAUUGUCAUCCUGAAAGACGUGCAAUUUAACGACCUCAAGACAAUCGUUGACUUCAUGUACUACGGCGAAGUGAACGUUUCGACGGAACAAUUGCCGCAAAUUCUCAAAACGGCGGAAACGUUGAAGAUAAAAGGACUCGCAGAGCUGCCCGAAGCUGGCGGAGCAUUGGCAAAACAGGAAAAUGUCGCUGCUGUCGGAAACGGUUCAGAGUCAAUUUGGGGAAGCACGGAAUCUCAAACGGCUUCUGCGCCAUCGAACGAACAACAAUUGUGGCAACAACAACAACGUUGUAGUGUCUCACCACCGAAUGCCGGGUCUCCGGCGAUGCGUCGAAAACGCCUUAAAAAAUCAGAUUCAGGAUCGCAGGAGAGACAUUAUCAGGAACAAGCCGAGGGAAAUUCGAAUAGUCGAUCUGUGAAGGAAGAAAGUGUCACGGAAUCCACAGAAUUGCCGAAACAAGAGUCAACGCAAGACUUUCCCGAAGACGAAUCGAUGAAAAUUGAAGCAGAUGUGCGUGCGGUUCUUGUGCCAUCAUCUUCUGUCGAAGCAACAACGAUCAAUAUGUCGUCUUCGUCGUCGUCGCAUGGCGAAGGCUCCUCAUCGCCCGCUGUUUUAACGCAUUCGCAAUCUGUUUCGGGUACGAGUUCGUCGACAACGACAUCUGUCGGCAGUAAACGACAACGUUUGUUGAUUCGUCAACCGCGUGUCAAGAAAGAACUCGAAGGACAUCUCGUACAAUCAGGCUCAAAUACGCCCGAAACCCCGGAAUCAAGUCAACUUUAUACAACGUGUCUCUUGACAGUUCCCUCGAGUCGCGUCAUGGAACGAACAGCUUCCGAGCCAGCGCCAUCUUCCGCUGGGAAAACGACAAUUGCACCCGCAACAAAUUCACCAAAUUUGCUCAGUGUCCCAACUCAGUCACAUUUAGUCAAGCAACACUCACAUCCGUUGCUGCCGAGCCAAAGUAACUCCGCGACAUACACUUUUCAUCGACAACUUUCGCAUCCCGUGUCAUCGUCGGGCAGUACAACGCCCUCUGCACACACGCAAAAAAGCUCAAUUGAACAUCAUAAGUCUUUUGAUUCGGCAAUCGGUUCGGCUUCGCAUCAAACGCCCAAUCCUCUCGUCGUUAUAAUCCCCGAUACGAGCGCCACGACAUCCGAAACUUUUACGACAAGCACUUCCACGCCAUCUAGCGGAUUAUUAACUGUAGGCGGAGCUGCUGCUGCUUCACACAAAAUGAAACCCGAUGAAUUCACGAGAUCCAUUUCGAGUCCUUUGUCGAGCACAACGAGUCGCGAAUUGCUUUCGCUCGAAAACACAACAACUCGAUCGUCGCAUUGUCCCGUUACGAGACCCGGACCGGCGCUCGGAUGUAAUUAUUGUUGGAAUACGAUUGAUGCGCAUGGGAGAAUUUUGCGACGCAAAACCAAAUAUCACUGUCCCGAAUGUCAGACGAAUUUGUGUAUUGUCCCGUGUUUCCAAGAGUAUCACGAACGCUGGCAGAACGAGAAUCCCCCAACGAACACAGAGCCCGCACUCAAGUCCUCACAGCGACAUCAGUAUGCGAAAUCAGGGUCAAUGUAGAGUGUUACAUGUCUUUUAUUAACUAUGUGUACGAAUCUGAACAAAUUAUUUUUUGGAAAGGAGAUCAAAAAAAUUGGUCUCCUCAAGGGCAAUGUUUUGUGCCCAACAAUUGUAUAGUUUUAAAAAAAGAAGAAGAGAAGAAAUAAAUUUUUGACUUUUGU